AUGAGUAUCAAUCUGGGGUUGCGAAGAGUUGUGGCACUUCUAGGCUAUCUUGGAAAUCCUCAGGAGCGUUUGAAGGUGCUACAUGUAGCAGGCACCAAUGGAAAAGGAUCUGUAUGUUCUUACCUAACAUCGAUCCUUCAACAGCACAAACCUAGCCUUAUUGGUAAAUUCACGAGCCCCCAUUUAAUACAUGUGACGGACUCAAUUACAAUCAAUGGGACACCAAUACCAUGGAAUUGUUAUGAGGAUAUCAGAAAUCACCUCGAUACAUUGAAUAAUAGUCACAGUCUACAGUGCACGGAAUUUGAAUUACUUACGUGCACAGCACUAAAAUACUUUCAUGAUGUAAAAUGUGAUUGGUGCGUUAUUGAGGUAGGUCUCGGUGGUAGAUUAGAUGCUACAAAUGUUAUUCCGGGACGGUGUAAGUUGGCUUGCGGUAUAACAAAGGUAGGGCUCGACCACGAAUCGAUUCUUGGGAAUAAUCUGGCACAGAUCGCUAAAGAGAAAGCUGGUAUUAUAACUAAAGGUGUUCCCUUUGCUGCGGUUGAUGGAUCUAACGAUAUUUCGGUCAUCAAAGAGGUAAAGGAACAAUGUAACGAUAAAUUGUGUGAACUCGACAUUACGGAGGCUACCUAUGCAGAUUCUUCAGUAAAGACGAAAUCUUGGGAAGUCAUCACUCCGAAAAAACUCCCGCUGAAUGGUUUCUAUCAAAUAAACAAUCUUAGGGUUGCUUGUUCUAUGUUAGAUAAUUUACAACAAAAGGGUCAUAUUUGCCUUUCCGCGAAUGACAUUCAUGGAGGUUUACAAAAUGUUAAUUGGCCAGGGCGAUUGCACGAGUUAGAUUACUGCUUCGAUUCUGAGAAAAAGUCCACUGUAUCUGUGUUACUCGAUGGCGCUCACAACGGUGCAGCAGCUGUUGAACUAGCCAGGUAUCUACGAGAUAAGUACGGCGAUAAGCCAUUAACUUUCGUUUUAGCAGUAACGUCAGGCAAAAACUUGGAUUCAUUACUUUCGCCUUUGUUAAGAAGCGAGGACAAGGUAAUUACAACAGAAUUUGGAAAAGUGGACGGUAUGCCAUGGAUACACGCCACACCCUACACUGAAUUGGCUACCUAUAUUAAACGAAAAUAUACGAAAAACGUGGAGACCCAACCAUUAUUGACCAAAGUUAUACCCUCAAUAGUGGACGCGUGCCAUAAUGAUGGCAUCUGUCCGAUAGUAGUUUGUGGAUCUCUAUACCUUUGUGGCGAAUUGCUUCGAAUUCACAGCGAUAACCUGAACUCUUAG